GGUUGUUUGGAAGUGAAUGGAGAGGACUGUAGAUCAAUGUUUGUGUGAAUAAAAAUACACAAAACGUGAGUUAUUAUAGUAUUUCAACGUUUUUAUAAGUAUAGCUACAAAAGAUAGAUGCAUAACCUUUUGAUUCUGUCUAAGCUAACGCGUUUUGUCGUCUCUCUUUCCAGCAACGCAACGUUAGUUAGCUAGCGUUGCCGUUAGAUAGCCUAGCCUUUAGCUAUCUUAUUGUAUCUAAAGAGUAAAGGGCAUCAUAAACAAUGUGAAAUGUCUGUCUUUUAGAGUGAUGGAUACGUGUUUGGACAAGAAACCAGAGAGAGUGGGACCGAUUGUGGUUGACGAUUUGAGAAAGAACUUGUUUGCAGAUUUUUGUGCAAUUCCAUCUGCUCUGCCACGGGUUUGUUUCUGUUCUGAUAUGUUUCUUGAUGUGACAAGUUAACUAGGGUCCUUUUUUUGUUAUUAGAUGUUAUUAGAUAUACGCUAUAUAGCUAGAUUUAGUAAUUGGUUUCAUAGCAUCAUCUUUUAACUAAAUCCCAGUAAAAUGCUGUCUACUUAUCUCCCUACAGGAUUCUGUAUUAUUUGAGAAAGAGCAUUUGCGUGUCUACCUCAGGAUACGUCCGUUUACCACAGCAGAGAAUGAAAGUGGUGAAUCUCAGGUAUUUUCCCAUGACACACAUUCAGUACACUAAAACGAGGAGCAUUAUGAUUGAUCCGAAUGCUGUGGUACAUACUACUUUUCCUCCGUUUGAAUCCAGGAAUGUGUCUCCAUGGAGCCACCAGACACCGUUUUACUCAGGGCACCUAGGACCUCUUUAUCAACCAGACGACAAACCAGUCACUCAGACGGUGACAAACCAGUCACUCAGACAGCCCAACGAUUUCAGUUCACCCAGGUAAGGCAUUCUCUGGCUGUUUGAUUAGUAGCUAUUUGUAAAGAUGUACUUUUUCUAAGAAAUGAGUGUGGACAUUUUUUCUUAACCGUUAACCCCCUCCCUCGCCAGGUGUAUGGCCCUGACACUACACAGAGGCAGAUGUUUGAUGGCACAGUGAAACGUCUGGUAAGAGAUGUUCUAGAAGGAGGGAAUUCUAUUGUCUUCACAUAUGGAGUCACCAACGCUGGGAAGACGUUCACAUUCCUCGGUCAGAAUCUAUAGAUUUGUUUUGCAUGUUUCCAAUUUGCAUUUAACAAUUGAAGUUAUAACAUUGGGUUAUAAAGUCAGUGUUCAUAAAUCGUUUUCUAGGGUUUUCUAUGCAGACAUUUUGAAAUGUGCCCUUUGACCUCUCUCUGUUUCAUACCCAACGCUCACCACAAAACACUUUUGGCAUUGUCCCUCUUUAACUCGUAAUCUAUUUAUACUUCCAGGCCCUGAGAGUGAUGGUGGAAUUCUGCCAAGGUCUUUGAACGUGAUCUUCAACAGCAUCGAGGGCAGAGUCUACACACAGAACAACGUCAAACCACAUCGAUGCAGAGACUUCACCAGGCUCACAAAGGACCAGCAGGAUGAAGAGACUACAAAUAAGCUAAACCUCAUGAGACUGUCAAAGGAGGUGAGUUUUAGCAGUAAAACCUCAAGCACAAUGCCCCCCCUUUGCUUUCUCUCUGAAAUGUAAAUGAGUCUUCUCUCUUUUUUUUCUCUCUUCAGAGUGGUUUUCUGAAAAGUACGAUGAGCUCCACAUGCAGGUCAACAAUACUGGAGGGUAAGAAACUUGUUUCAGGCUUUGAGUAUGUUAAGUACAGCAGCUAUGUAUUUUUGAACAUUUCUUGAUACUGUAUUUGACACCAAAUAAACAUCUUCAUUGUUACACUGUUGUUAAAUCAAUGUAUGAUUUGUUGUCUGAUUGACAGGUUCCUCCUUAAGCGACAUCAGUGAUCAGGGGGAAGGAGACAGUUUCUGCCUGGACGUGGACUCCCACACUAAAUACUCAGUGUGGGUGUCCUUCUGUGAAAUCUACAAUGAGAACAUCCACGACCUACUGGAGCCCAUUCCUAAUGGGUCACAUAGGCGAACCGUCCUUCGGCUGUCACAGGACAUCAAAGGCAACACCUUUGUGAAAGGUAAUGUCACUUUGAUUGAAUAUGUGAUGUAUUAGUCAAGAUCAGGGCUUCCCAACCCUCUUCCUGGAGAUCUACUGUCCUGUAGGUUUUCAGUCCAUCCCAAAUGUAGCAUAUUUGAUUCAGCUAGUUAAGGUCCUGUUGAGCAGCUAAUAAGUAGAAUCAGGUGUGUUAAAGUAGGGUUGGACUGAACCCACAGGACGGUAGAUCUCCAGGAAGAGGGUUGGGCAGCCCUGGUCUAGAUGCUAUGAGAUUUCAGUUCAUACAGAACGUACACAUGGUUCCCCUUGUAGCUCUAAAGUGGGUUCAAGUAAACAAUUCCGAGGAGGCGUACAAAGUUAUGAAGAUCGGAAAGAAGAACCAGAGUUUCUCCUGCACGAAGCUCAACAACGUCUCCAGCAGAAGCCAUAGCAUAUUCUCAGUUCGGAUCUUGCGUAUUGAAGAUGUUGGUGUACCCAGAGUCCACACAAUUAGCGAGUAAGUGACUCAAGUUAUUCUGUGUUUUAUUUUAUUUUUUAUUGCUCUUCUCCAGAUUGUCCUGUUUUUAUUCAUGGUUGUGUGUUAUGUCUAAGAUUGUCGUUGUGUGAUCUGGCUGGAUCGGAGAGAUCUGGAAGGACUCAGAAUAAAGGAGUGCAGUUAAAAGAGGCUGGCAACAUCAACACCUCAUUGCUGAUUCUGGGCAAAUGCAUCAACGCUCUGAGGCUCAACCAACAAGCCAAGUGAGUAUUUGACCUGUAUACAGAUGUAUGCUUUUACACGCACACUGACUGCACAUGUUUGUUUCUAAUAAACCAAUAUAAUGCUCCUUUUAUGUACAUAUCUUCCAGGUUCCGACAACAUGUGCCCUUCAGAGAGAGCAAGCUCACACACUACCUCCAGGGGUUUUUUUCUGGUAGAGGGAAAGCCUGCAUGAUCGUCAACAUCAACCAAUGCGCCUCCAUGUAUGACGAGACGCUCAACGUCCUCAAGUUCUCCGCCGUCGCCCAAAAGGUCAGUCAGUGGAGCUUUAUAAGGAAGCGUAAGCUUGUGGUUGGUAAUAUACACUACCGGUCAAAAGUUUUAGAACAACUACUCAUUCAAGGGUUUUUCUUUAUUUGUACUAUUUUCUACAUUGUAGAAUAAUAGUGAAGAUAUCAAAACUAUGAAAUAACACAUAUGGAAUCAUGUAGUAACCAAAAAAUUUUUAAACAAAUCAAAAUAUAUUUUAUAAUUGAGAUUCUUCAAAUAGCCACCCUUUGCCUUGAUGACAGCUUUGCACACUCUUGCCAUUCUCUCAACCAGCUUCACCUGGAAUGCUUUUCCAACAGUCUUGAAGGAGUUACCACAUAUGCUGAGCACUUGUUGGCUGCUUUUCCUUCACUAUGUGGUCCAACUCAUUCCAAACCAUCUCAAUUUGGUUGAGGUCAGGGGAUUGUGGAGGCCAGGUCAUCUGAUGCAAGCACUCCAUCACUCUCCUUUUUGGUCAAAUAGCCCUUACAUAGCCUGGAGGUGUGUUGGGUCAUUGUCCUGUUGAAAAACAAAUGAUAGUCCCACUAAGCCCAAACCAGAUGGGAUGGUGUAUCGCUGUGGUAGCCAUGCUGGUUAAGUGUGCCUUGAAUUCUAAAUAAAUCACAGACAGUGUCACCAGCAAAGCACCCCCACACCAUAACACCUCCUUCAUGCUUUACGGUGUGAACGGAGAGCAUCCGUUCACCCACACCGCAAUUCGACCAUGAAGGCCUAAUUCACACAGUCUCCUCUGAACAGUUGAUGUUGAGAUGUGUUUGUUACUUGAACUCUGUGAAGCAUUUAUUUGGGCUACAAUUUCUGAGGCUGGUAACUAAUGAACUUAUCCUCUGCAGCAGAGGUAACUCUGGGUCUUCCAUUCCUGUGGCGGUCCUCAUGAGAGCCAGUUUCAUCAUAGCGCUUGAUGGUUUUUGCGACUGCACUUGAAGAAACUUUCAAAGUUCUUGAAAUGUUCCAUAUUGACUGACCUUCAUGUCUUAAAGUAAUGAUGGACUGUCGUUUCUCUUUGCUUAUUUGAGCUGUUCUUGCCAUAAUAUGGACUUGGUCUUUUACCAAAUAAGGCUAUCUUCUGUAUACCCCCCCCACCUUCUCACAACACAACUGAUUGGCUCAAACGCAUUAAGAAGGAAAGAAAUUCCACAAAUUAACUUUUAAGAAGGCACACCUGUUAAUUGAAAUGCAUUCCAGGUGACUACCUCAUGAAGCUGGUUGAGAGAAUGCCAAGAGUGUGCAAAGCUGUCAUCAAGGCAAAGGGUGGCUAUUUGAAGAAUCUCAAAUAUAAAAUAGAUUUUGAUUUGUUUAACACUUUUUUGGUUACUACAUGAUUCCAUAUGUGUUAUUUCAUAGUUUUAAUGUCUUCACUAUUAUUCUACAAUGUACAAAAUAGGAAAAAUAAAGAAAAACCAUUGAAUGAGUAGGUGUUCUAAAACUUUUGACCGGUAGUGUAAGCGGGAAAAAUGCUAAUUUAUCUUAUUUCUCAGGUGGUGGUCCUCAACACCAAACCAGUCCUUGCCAUUGCCCCAAAGAUAUCUGCCAGAGAGGUGUCCCUCAUCAUCAACAAUGCUGACUGCAAAGACCUGUGGAGUAGGAGGAAGAGCUCCAUGGUGGCUUGGGAAACCACUCUGGAGGAUGUGCAGGAAGAUGAGGAUGACGAGGAAGAGGAAAGUUGUGAUGAGGGCAUGGCAGAGGAAACCAUUCUGGAGGCGGGAGAAGAGGACAAGACGGCACUUGACGAGGACUUCGACAAUGUAGGUUUUGUCCAUAUUCAAGAUGUUGAUAUACUGGUUAAUUUUCACUAAAUGUUAAAGAUGGAUUUUGUUGGGUAUUUUAAGGGCCAGCUUGCUCUGGUGGAGGAACGCAAUGAGAAGCUUCUGAAGGAGGAAGCUGAGAAAUUGGCUUUGGAGUCUCACAUCCGUGAAGAGGUCACCAUCGAGUUCAUGGAGCUAUUCUCCAAAAUGGAAAGUGAUUACAAGUAAGUAGUCGAUGCAUUUCCCUCUCUCUUUUAAAGUCGCGCUGUCAAUCUUAGCCGUUGUCUGGAGAUGCAUUGACCGAACAAUGUUUUUGUCUUGCAGGGAGCGUCUUGCCAAAGAGAGGGAGAUCACUGAGGACAGAGUGGACAAGAGGUUGGAAAUCCUGAAGAAUUUAGUGGGCAAGAGUGUCGGCGAGCGUGCAAGAGUCACUGGUGACAACGAAACGACAAAGGUAACAGUCUUAUUCAGAUCACAGGUCAUAAUAUCAGAUCAGGCAGAGAAUACAACUUCACCACUAACAUCCUUACCUGUGCUUGUUUGAAUAGCAUGAUGAGUUUAGUGCUGAUAUCUUUGUUUUCCACCGCAGGAGGAUAAGGUAGUGCUCUUGGAGGGGAUCGUUGACGCUAUGCGAGACGACCUGGCUAAAAUCAGAAGGGACGCGGAGGCUGCACAGACCUGUCUGGUGGACCUGCCUGAGUCUCCUGGCACUAUGACCAGCCUGAGGAAGCAAGUGGACGACUUAUCAGAGGAGCUCCUCAAGACCCAGCAGCAACUCAACCUCAAAACCAAUGGUAUGUAUAGUAUGUCUCACUUGCUGUGAUUUUGAUCAUGAUGAAUAUUUUGGAUUUAGCUCAAGUGUGUUUUUCCUUCUGUUUACAGAAAUGAGCAUUGAAAUGAAACCAUUGUGCGGGCAGCUAGAGGAAGCGAAGGAGGUAAGCUUGGCUAUUGAUAUCGGAUGUAUUUUGUUGCAUAUGAACACGAAAUGAAAGGUUUGGUUAGAGUUUAUGGGUUUCCAUAUUUUGAAUGCAUGCAGAAUUUGGAAUCUCAGACACAGAAGUUUGAGGCCUUAAUGGAAAUCUGCCAUGAGAAAGAUGACGUGAUAACCAAGCUGCAGGAAGCAAUGGACCAGAAUAGUGAGGCUUCAACUAGGGAUGUAAGUAAAUGACUUGAACUUGAAAUACUUGCACCUACAUUAAUGGCAUAUCUGGGGUCGCUUUGUUAUCAGUCCUAGUGUAUGUAGGAUGAUCCAUCACAGAACCUCUGUAUAGGAUAAUAUGCAUUCCCUUUCACUGUUUUUGUCAACAGAGGGCCUUGGUUGACUCCAUCAAGGAGGAGAUCCUGAGCUUGAAACAGAAUUGUAAGUGUAUGAGCCGGGACAGUCCCAGUUCUGAGGAGGGCAGAAAACGUCAUGCAGAUGUCCUGGAAGACCUUGAUGAUCAGCCUUCCCUGAAGAAAGGUAGUCCUCAAAAAAUAUGAAAAGGGUUGCAUCUUUUAUCGGGCUAAUGGUCCUUAUGUUUCCAUUUUACUUUUAGAGUUCUGUAUCUGUCUGACCUUCUCCUUUACUCUCUCCAGGGAGUCUUGAGGACGAGCGUCUCAUUCUAGCAAACGAGUUGGAGAAACUCCAGGCGGAAUGUCGUCAAAAAGACAUGACAAUUUUGCAGUUAAAAGAAGAAAACAAGGCGACGGUUCAGAAGUUGGAGACGGUCAAAGGAGAGAUAAAAAGAAAGAGUGAAUAUGCCGAAGAGCUCAAACGUGAGAGGGUAUCAUUUGAACAGACCGUCCAGAAGCUCAGCGACGAUCUGGAGGAGCAGACUGAUGACUGUGAAGCUGUGAUUGCCUCGCUGGAGCAAGAGAGGAAAGAGACCGCCAGGCUCUCCAAAGACAACAAAGCACUGGUCAACGGCAUCUUCCUGCUCCAGCAGACAUCACAGAAAGUGGAGUCUUCUGUGAAAACUCUCCAAACAGAACUUACCGAGCAGACUGAGAGGUCCGCCAAGGUUUCAGAGGAGCUAGAAGCAGCCAGAGCACUCCUGAAGGGUCUUAAAGACGAAUCCAACGGAAAAUCCCAAACCAUUGAAUCCUUGACUUUGGAAACUGAACGGCUCCGGAAGGAAGCAGAGGAACUGAAGGUCUCUUCUGCACAGAGGAACAACUCCAAGUUCCAUGACACCAUAGAUGCCAUGAAGAGGGAGUGUGAGAGUGUGGUGGAGAAGUCGGUCCAGAAGAGCCAGCGGAUAGCUGACCUGGAGCAGGAGCUCAACCAGGUCAGAGAGCAGCUCUCUGGACAGGAGGAACUCUGUAGCCAGCUGAGACAUGAGCUAGAGACACAGCGGUCCGAGGCCCAAUUCAAUCUACAGGCCUACGAAUUAGAGAAAGGGACUUACAACGAAAUUAUGAAGAGUAAUGCCGACCUCAAAAAAUUGGCAGGCCACCAGAAGGAGCAGAUCCUGGACCUGGAGGUGCAGGUUCAGGCCUCUGGAGGCAGCUCUGAGAGGGUUGCGGCGUUGGAGAAGCAGCUGGCUGAGAGGGAGGCCCAGUGCGGAGCUCUGCAAGAGAGACUAGAGGAAGCUCAACGGAAACUGGAGGAGGAGGAGAGUCACAGAAAGUCUAAGGAAAAGGUGAUUGAAGACAUGCGUCUUGCACUGACAGAGCAGGAGAGGACACAGACUGAACAAGAGCGGAUUCUGGAAGCCAAGGUGAAAGAGAUUGAGGCUUUAAGUGAAGGUGAGUGGUCACACACACUUUGUAUAAAACAUUUUUUGUCAUUGAUUUAAGCUUGUGUCUUCAUUCAGAGACAUAAAUGGAUUUGGCAGUAAUAUCUCCAUUUUGGAUUUAAGAGCUGACGAGUUUGAAGGACGGCUGCCUACAGAAAAACACAAACGGUGCCAAGUCCUCUCAUGUCCUCAACGACUGUCCCGGCGAGUGCGAGAACGUGAAGUGGGAAUGUCAGCGGACCGAAGAGCGCUUGAAGGUAAGAGCCGUCGUUUGAUCACUACUCGACGUCCCCCCCCUGAAACUCCAGCCAUUUCCGGUUCUGUCUGAAACGGGACGGAGUACGUGGUGAGUAAAGUAACCAUUCCUUUUGAUGUCCUCCUAGCUGCCUAAUGAACAGUAUGAGUCAGAGAGGUGGCUUGAAGAGAGGGCUAUUCUGACGGAGGUAGCCAAUGGGCCAGAGGAGGAGAAGAGCCCGUGCCUGGCCCUGGAGUUGAUGAGAGGGUGUUCAGAAGAGCUCAGUUGUAGCCAGCCGCGGACUGAAGAGGUAAAUGGGAUCAUUAUGACUCUGAAAAAUAAACACAAUCGAACUGCUGGGCUUGUAAUGGCGUCUCUGGGUCAAAGGCAGUACUUAACGGAGUGUCCGAGUACGUAGGCAGUGAAUGUGCAGCGGGAACUUGCUUUGAUGAAAUGAGUGCAGAAUAAGGUCACAGAAAUAGCAUUUUGGAGUUUCUGUGACGUAGUCCAUUAUUUAGUGGAACAUUGGAAACGUUUUACCUCAUAACUUAAAUUCUAGUCGCAUUAUCUUUGAUCCAUCUGAUAUAGUGUAGAUAACUCUUUAACAGAAUAUUACCAGCAUAUGUCUUAUCACAUUUUUCAACUAAUUGCUAUGUAGUUGCAGGGAAAGCGGGUGCACUUCAGACAGGCGCAAUUGACAGUCUGUCUCACCAUAAGGACUGUCGGCUGUGUCUGUUUUCAGGAGACCUUGCCAAAGCAGCCCUCUGAGAAAGAAGAGAGCACGGAGGAGAGUGGCUCUCUGGUUGAGGCCCUCAAAUUAGAGAUGCAGAAACUCCAGGAGAGGAAAGCAGACAGAGAGCGCAAGCUCGGGGAGAUCAACGAGCACUCCAACUUCCAAACACAAGAGGUCAGUAUAGAUCAGAGAAUCAUUGAGCUGCUUCCAAUUCUGAGUGGUUGACUGUUUCCUUAAUUUUUCUUGUCAUUUUUCAGCCACAACAUCGGGGAUAGACUCAUCCAGGGCCUACAUUUUACUUUUUGGUCCACCAGUCACUCUGGCAAGUAGAUUUUAAAAUCUACCAGCCACUCAUAUUUUUUACCAGUCAAAAUAUUUUUCCCUGCUAACAUUACACCAACAAAACACAAAAAGGAUGACCUUGCUUUGUAAUGUUUCUAAAACAAUAAAUGUAUAAAGUAAGAAGGAAUGUGGUAUAUUGUUUAAUUACAUUUUUUGUGACCUGAGUCUUUUAACCAAAGACAAAUGUUUGCCUGCCCCUUUAAGGGCCAGAGGUUACCGUGGUAAUGCGACUCCAGGCAUGUUUGUGUCUGUGAGUAGUAGGCUAUCUGCAUUGCUUCUCUUCGCUAGCAGUUGAAACUCAAACAUUGAAAAACAACCUAGCUUGUGAACAAAACAACGUAAAUAGCCAAAAAACACAAGGACAAAGUCUCACUUCAGUAGACAUUCAAGUAAAUUAAACACAUUUUUAUGCCUGUGCACAGCGCUUCUAAAAAUGAGUCUGUCACUCAGCGCUUCACGUGGGUAAGCACAGCCCCCAGCCAGGCAGUGUUGCAGCGCGAGGCAGAAAUACUUUGAAAACAGCUACUGCAACAUUAACUUUGCUAUGAAAUACUUGACUUUUUAUUCACAAAUGCGAGUGAAAUGCUCGCGAUGUGGAGCCCUGACCACCCACCAACGUGGCUGGUGAAAUAGACAUCUUACCUGAUCAUUUCAAAAUCUACCAGCAUUUGGCGGAUGUUAAUUUUAGGCCCUGGACUCAUCCCAAUACGGGUGUAAAAAGAACAUUCAUAUUUUCUGUUUUGUGGUCUGUGUGUGUUUUUGCCUGUGUGUAAAAUGUUGGCCUGUCUGUCUGGGCAGGUACUGGACUCCUCUGAGGUGUCCACAGACGGCAGGCGAGAGCGUCGCUUCCCCAAACCAGAGCUGGAGAUCCAAUUCAGCCCUCUGCAACCCAACAAGCUGAACAUCCGGAGGCAGGGAGAGGACAAGUCUGUGACCGUCAAAAUCACCCGCUCAGCCAGGAAGAGAAAGAGCAAUGAGAUGGAGAAGGUACAGAUCAGAUAGAAGAUCUAGAAAAUAAGGUCCAGAAGUUCUCAAGUUCAGUUGACUGAAAACCAUAACAUUGCAUAUCUCUUGAAUCUCAUUACACUUUCUCAAAAAUGUAGACAUGGAAAGCCUGUUCGGUCGCAUAGUGUUGCUCUGCAUUUUUUUGAUUUUUGUUUGUGUUUGUACGUGCAUGUGAGAGGUUGAGUAAGGGGUGGAGAGGAUUAGAACAUCUCAACAGACUGGGUAUUACCCAGGAGAACCCUUCCAGAGAGCAAGCAGCAAAUACACGACAAUGACCACGUUUACAUGCACACAGUAUUCCAGAUAAUGGCUCGUUUCCAGGUUAAGGUCUUAUUCAGGAUCAGGCGUUAACAUGCACAUACUCUUUACAGCAGCUACUCUUCCUGGUGUCCACACAGGAUUAUAAUAACAAAAGGUAACCGCCUACAUCAGGGGUGUCAAACAUACGACCCGUGCAGGGGUUCAAUCCAGCCCGUGGGUAGUUUUGAGUAAAAACAACAUCGAUAUACUUUAAAAUGACUAAAACCAAACCGAAACUGUGUAGAAAUGAUAGUUGACCUCAUUCAUACAGUUUUUUGGUUUUGUUGUCCAGCUUGCUAAUAAUCAUCUAAAUGAAAGCUAGUGUCAGGGGGGAGGGGGGAACAAAAAAAAAUAAAAAUGUUUUGACGGAGAGGAAAUAUAACAAAUUCGACCUCGUCGAAUGCGGGCCCCCUGGGCAAAAUUAGUUUGACAAUCCUGGCCUACAUCAUAAACAAAACAAUGCAUUAUACAAUAAGUUAUUACAUCACUACUCUGUCACUACAAAUGUACAAUAUUACAAUGUGUGUCUGUGUGCCUCUUCACAGUCCGCGUUGUGCCGUGAGGUGUUUUUAUCAGUGUUUUUAAAUCUGAUUUUACUGCUAGCUUGAGUUACUUGAUGUGGAAGAGUUCCAUGUCGUCUAAUUAGAAACAUGCAGCUUCUCUUCUGUCAUUACCUGAUGCUCUAAAAUACUAAAUAAAGCCUUGCUCACCAGAAUGAUGUCAUAAAUCAAUAGAAUGAAUGCAUCAACAAUCUAGUUGACAUCGGUAAAGUUUUUAUCUCGCAGAGCGAAGACCUUUAGGUACCGGGAGAUUUUCUGUGCAAAAAUGUCCAAAUGACAUCAGUUUGUUGACCAGUUUUAAGGCAAUGAAAAGCUGUGAAAACUAUCCAGCAUGUUUCUGAUAGUAUUUCAGUUAGUCUUCGAUGCAUACUUUGUGGUUGAAAGUCAAAUAAUGUCAGCUUUUAUGACGCUAACAUUUGUUUGGCCUACACAACACGGUCCGUAAGCGUGCAUUUGCAUUUUCUGAAGAUGAAACAAGGAAAUCAUAUUUCUCCACUUCUGUUCCCGAGACCAAAUUAACAUUUGGUCUAUAAUUAUACUGCAAGAAGCAAUUAAUUCUGCAGAAUAUUAUAAUAAGCAUACAGUCAGUGUCCAGACUUCAGUUACUAUUCCAACUAUUACUGUUUCCAUCUGAACUUCAAAGGUGGUACUACGCGAAACUGAGCCUGCGCAGACUGCGAAAAACAACGGUAAACUGGAUAAGAUGUUUACAUGCCGCAGUAUCCGCAUAUCCCAGGCGGAUACUGCAUAUCACAAGCUUAUUUGGGUUAUUUUAAACGGGAUAUGAUGUUUAUAUGCGUCGACUCAAACAGAAUACUUGAGAAUAAUAAUUAGAAUAUAAUAAUAAUGGGAUAUUGGUGUGCAUGUAAACGUGAUCAAUGACUCGCCUCUCUCAUUGCACUGAAAAACUGACAAACUACCUCAAAGCGCCCUUCUCUGUUUAGCAGGGCUGAGUUAUGCCAAAGAAGCAAGAAUAAUAUCAACAGAUAUAUAGAUGUAUAAACAGUUGUGGGAACCUGGAAAACUACAGGCACAAUCCCUUGAGUCCCUUCACAUUCCAGUCUCAUGACAGAUUGGAUAGUAUUUCAAGGUCCUGGUUGCUUUUCCUCCUUUUUAUGUGUUAUUUUGGAAGAAAUUAUAAGGGCAAUUCCAUGGUAACUGAAUGAUGCUGAGACUCAGAAUGUUCACUUUCAAAUGUAUGUCAAACAAUGGAAUUGCCCAUAACACAGAUUUAACCAGAUCCCUUUGAAAUUCGAUCUCAAUUAUGCGAUACAUUCAGCGAAGGACUGCAUCAUUCUGACGAAUUGAUGUCCUGACGAAUUGACCCCUUCAUUGUAAUACAACACUGUGUGGUGUGUCAAGUUUUUGUGUGUGUGUCUCUCUCUUUCUCUCACAAAUUCUAAAAUGGUCUCUGUGCCUCAGGACCCUGUGGGAAGUGAGAACAAAAAGAAUAUAAAGUUGAGGGGGAACAGAGUGAACAUAGAGGUGAGAAGAGAAUCUAGAUCAACAUUGAAAUAUGUUACAACUUUAAGCUGCGUCAUAACUCAUUUGAAUGCCACUAGUAAAGCUUAUCCUGUGUGUAUGUCAUGUCAACAGUCGCCGACAGUGCUCGGUGUAAAAGCAGACCAGAAGACGCAACGGACACCAGCAAGUCUGAAAGGCAAAAAGGAUGGAACCCUCCAGAAGAUUGGAGACUUCAUCCAGAGUUCCCCAACUCUGCUCGGAAGCAAAGGUUAGCAAGACUGCUGUUCUCCUUCACUGAUGCCAGUGUACUGCACACACAUCAGACAUUCAGCCAAAAUAAUAUUAUUAUUAUUAUAUGUUAUAACUAUGUCUCUAUCCAUAGCCAAGACAAUUAUGGGGAUCGUAAGUGGAAAUCCUACAGAGCGAGAGAAAUCCACGGCAGUGAAACCGAAGAGGACCAAGAGGAAACUGUACAAGACCGACAUCUCCUCCCCUCUGGACAUCCCGUCUCAUCCGGUGAGUGACCAGCAACUCUGUCUGACAUGGUAGGAAAAGCACAGACAAAAUAUGGAAAAACAAGGAAAUGCCUCUCCUGAGGGGAAAUGUAAUAGCUAAUCAUAUGCGAGCGUUAACAGCCGGUGUUUCCAAUCAAACGCAAAAUACAAUACUGAAGUUGGAAUAUUCGAGUCAACAAGACAAAAUCUGGAAGCAUGGCCUCAGAAGACUUGGAUAGUUUGCUCUUUUAAUGUGAAAAUGUUAAAAAUAUUAAUCGGACAUGGAUUGUGUCAAAUCUUUAUCAAUUUAGGUGGUAUUAACAAAUCACUUGUGCAAGCUAAUAUUGUGUUUUUUGUUGUAAUGUUGCAGAUCCUUGGUCUUGAUCAAGAUGAAAAAGAAAGUGAUCAUCUCAUUAUCAAGAGGCAGCUAAGGUCAAGAACAGCAAGGAAAUGA